AGCCAACAUGGAGUACUAUUCGUCUUUGGACGCAUCUCAGCUAGAUUCUGAAACCCCCACUUUAUUUGAGCUAAUCUCGGCCAGUCAAUUAGAGUCCCUUCUAUCGCCAUCACUUCGGUACAUUUUGGUUCAUUAUACCCAAAGAUACCCCAACUACUUGCUUAAGAUCACCAAUCGGUUUGAUGAGCUUAAUUUGGUGUUUAGAUCGUUCAUAGAAUGGUAUUUUUUGAAGUAUUGGCAAGGAUCGUUUACCGAGAAUUUCUACGGGUUGAAAAGGGUUCGUCAAACACCGUUAUCGGAUAAGAAAUACAACAGCAGUAAGUUGACGCAGUUGGUUCCAUCUAUGGUUGAAGCUCGAAGGAGUUUAUCUGGAUUACAGACCAUAAUCUCGAUCUUUGAGAUAACGGGGGUUUCCUAUCUAAGUGAAAAAUUCAAUUAUUGGCAUGAAGUAUGGUACUCAAAGUAUAUAACCGGCCAAUUGGACUUACCAGAGUAUACGGAUAAGAAACAGUACUUUCAGACUUUGUUCAAGAGGAAGUUUGUUGAAAUAUUCCCUACUGUUCAGAGUAUAUUGCGGGCAGGGAAUCUCAUAACUACCUUACUAUAUUUAAGUGGAGGAUCUAAAUCUCCAACCUUACUAACUGCACUCUUCAAAAUGAAUUAUUCCCGUUUGAAUCAAUACGACUAUCAAAAGAAUGAACCGUCACCUCUCAAAGGCGAUAAAGAAAAACCAAACCGUAUAUCUCCUCCCACCACCAUAGAAUACAUAUUGCGUCUUAUCACUAACAAUUUCACAAGGCCCUCCUGGAAAGCUAUAAGGCUUGUAUUGGGCACCUUCUUCCCGGUUGCAAUCUUCACCUUGAAGUUUUUGGAAUGGUGGAACAACUCUGAUUUUUCCCUGAAAAUCGCUAAAAAUGAAGGUGAUGUCUUGCAGUCCCUAAUUCCUCCUCCUUCUACCUUGAAUAGAAACUCCUCUUUGGAAAACAAACUUGAAAAACUGUACAAGUCGGGUGAUAAAUGCCCCUUGUGUAAAGAGGAAAUUAACAAUCCUGCUAUCAUUGAGACCGGGUAUGUGUUCUGUUAUAAGUGCAUUUACAACUACCUUACUGAAUCGCAUAAAAUAGUAGGGAAACGAGCCAAAGAGUCGGCAAAACAUAACACCCACAACGAUACUGAUUCUGAUAGUGAUUCCGAGGACGACGAAGCUGAAGAUCACCCUGAAAACGUUCCAACUCAACCUAACUACGAUGUUAGCAAAGGAGGAAGAUGCCCAAUCACUGGUAAAAAACUCUUAGGAUGUAAAUGGAACCCCUUAACUGAAGAAUUCGAGGUCGAAGGCCUAAGAAGAUUGAUUUUUUAGUGCUCUGGUUAUAUUUAUUUACCCAUUUAAUACGUAUUUAAUAUGAUUAAUGUGGCUGCAAUAUGUAGAAGAGGGUCAAAGAGCGA